CGGACUUGACGAUUUUAGAAAUGGACGUCCAAAAUAUAUUCCCAACCAGGGCAUUUUUCUUCAAACUGACGGUGGUACGUCCCCUGUAAUUUUCGGAAGGACAAGUAGCGAACGUGCCUCCGUGAAGACACCAAAGAAACGCUUUAUUAAACAGCAGGCCUGUCUCUCCAAACUGAACCCCCAGCAACAAGCGCAGCGUCAACAUGUUGACGCCGUGGAGCACACAUUAACCCAACACCCCCUUGCCCUUUAUCCCCAUCUGGAGAGCGGUAUGUCACCUGAGCUGUUUGAUGAGGUGUUGUCUGUUCUGGACCCAGAUAUGUGUAUAAAGUCAGAAGAGACUUUGCCACAAAAACCACAUGAGGAGGGCCCAUUGCCCUGUGAAAGCAUAACAGAGCAGUCAGCAGCAGAGAGUGAGAGACUGUCCCUCCAUACAACGAUAGAACAAGACAGCCUGAAAACCUGCAGUCAAAAGAAUCCUUUCAUACUGAAGGAGAAUGGAGGGAAAAGUGCCAAAGAUGACCAGAUAGAUGAAGUGGACUCAUUGUAUGAAGAUGAGGAUCUUAAGAAGGUUACCAGGCUCUUUUGUGAAUGGGCAGCUUCGCUGGGUGGAGAGGACAACCUGACAGAAUCCAAAAUUCUAGGCAUGUUCACCAGUGGCCAUGAGAGGAAACCACCGCUGUCCUUCCCCAUCGAAGUGGUGGAACCCAACCAAAUUCCGCCAGAGCUCCGCAGCUCCACUGAGGACAUGAGCUCCACGCUUCCCUGCUCUUCGAAGGAGGCCGAGUCAGAGAAGGUUCACAGAUCUACCAAAAAGAUGAAAUAUGGCGUGUGGUACUUGGAUCCUAAAACAUGGAAGGAGGCGCGUGACCCUCUGAGAGAUGAUGCUGAGGAGGUCGGCGGGAAGCUCAGUGACAAGGAUGAGGAACUGAAGCAAAUGUAUGGGACUCAAGCAUUCAAGACAUUCCUAACAAACAAGGGGCUGAGAUGGCCCGGGUUUCUUAGGUCACUCUUCCCAGAGGAGGAAGAAGUGAAGAGAGCCAGAAAAAACGAUACAGCAGGUUCGGCAUCGACACACAAAGACACCGUGGUCCUUUAG